AUGGGAACAUCUGCAGCACCCAAUCAAGAGGAGAAAGACUUUAGAGAAUCUCAACUCCAAGCAGCAAAAGCCAAGAAGCCAGUACCUCAAAGCCUUUCAACUUUUCCACUCUCAAAGGAAAUGAGAAAUCCCCAAGGUGGUGAGUGUCUCCUUCCUUCAGAUGAUGAAUGGAAAGUGUCAAUGCUGACAGGAAACACAGGAACUGAAGCAAUUGUCGUUCUCUGGAUAUAUGGAGACAGAGGAGUAGCUGAACCAAUAACUCUUGGCAAGGACAACAGAAAGCAACUGUUUCUUCCCAGGCAGGAGGAUGAAUUUCAGGUGACACUGCAACAUCUAAAGAGCAAGAAAACACUGAAUUUUCCAACAAACACAUGGUUGUCAAAGAAUCAUAAUGAUGGAGAUUUUCUCUGUGAACUUCCUGUACUGGAAGCUGGAAAACCCAUCUAUCCAAUUGUUUUAUACCAUGUUUAUGUCUACACCGGUGUCAUGGAGCAAGCUGAAACAGAUUCUGCAGUUUAUCUGUGUAUCUAUGGAAAAAGAGGAGAUUCUGGUCUAAGACUUCUGCAUAAAUCCGGUGUACCAGUGGCAUUUCGGAGAGGAAUGGUCAACGCUUUUGCAGUGAAAGCUGUAUCUCUUGGAAAACUGCAGAAGGUGCUGUUGCGCUGCGAGGCUAAUGCCGAAUCCCAGUAUUGGUACUGUGAUAAAGUCAUUGUCAGAGAAGCUGAGAACAACUUGGAAUAUGUUUUCUGUUGUGAAAGGUUACUUCCAUUUAUGUCCCAAGGUGUAAUUAAUUCAGAAAUUGAGCUAUACCCUCAAGAAUUUCAAAUAACUCAACAGUUGCAAAUCCAAGAAGAAGCAAAUGAAGGAGACUGGAAGAUUACUGUAGUCACCGGGGAUUUUGAAACAGCUGGCACAACAGCAACAGUAUCCCUUUAUGUGUAUGGAGAAAACAAAGCUUCUGGUCCUAUUAUUUUGGGAUCUGGGAAACACCAGCUGUUUAAUCCCAACAGUGAAGAUACAUUUAAGAUUAAUCUCGGAGAUCUUGGGCAGCUGUAUAAAAUCCGCAUUGGUCAUGACAACACUGGAAAUGAUCCCAGUUGGUACUUGAAGGAAGUCAGACUUGAAAGAGUAGUCCCUCUUUCUGAUGAACAGAUUUGUCUUUCCGUAGACUGCUGGCUUGCAGAAGACAAGGGUGAAGGUGAUACAUGGAGAGAAGUGGCAAUAAGAAACUCUGCAAAGGAGCUUUUGCCAUUGUUGGUGUAUGAGGUCCAUGUAUACACGGGUGCUAAACUCGGUGCUGAAACAGAUUCUAAUGUUUAUAUCAACCUCAUUGGGACAAGAGGAGAUACUGGCAAAAGAAAGCUGCAUAGAUCUAAGAAUAAUAAUGUAAAAUUUCGACAUGGACAGAUGGAUAUUUUCUGCAUAAAGGCUGUCUCACUGGGAGACUUGGACAAAGUUCUGAUUAGCCAUGAUGGAGCUGGUCCAGGCAAUGGAUGGUUCCUGGAUAAGAUUGUCAUCAAACAGAAAGAAGGAAAGGAAGCUCAGGAGAUUGUAUUUCCUUGUAAUAGAUGGUUAGAUGAAAAUCAAGAUGAUGGGAAAACUGAGAGGGAACUAACUGCUAAUAAAAAUGGCAAUUCAAAGAAAGCAUUCCUUAAAGCACAACAGUGGAGAGUGCAGGUUAAAACAGAUGGAGAUUCCCCAGGACCACAAGAGUGUAAAAGGACCCUUGUGAUUUAUGGCUCAAAGGGCAAAAGUGAUGAGCUUCUGCUUUCUCCACAAACUCCAGGAUAUGUGUGCUUCAUACCCAGAGCAACAGAUGAAUUCAUUGUUGAGACUGGAGAUCUGGGAGAUGUAUACAAGAUUCGGGUCAGCUGUGAUGAUGUGCCAGGCUUUGAGGGUUGGCAUUUGAAGUCUUUUCACUUAGAAGAGCUACAUACAAAACAAGAGCUGAACUUUGACUGUAAAUGCUGGCUCCCUCUUAACAGAGAAGAGAAGGAGCUAGUGAAGGAAUUCCCUGCAGUCAGUGAGGACCAAAAAACUUUACCAGUCUAUAAGUACGUUGUCUCUGUACAUAUUGGGGACCGCUGGGGAGCCGAAACUUUUGCAAAUGUUUAUAUCACCCUCUAUGGUAAAAGAGGGGAUACAGGUGUGAGGAAACUUCAUACAUCUUUAGCAAAAAGAAGAAAAUUUCAAAGGAAUAAGGUGGAUUCAUUUUUGGUGGAAGCUGUUUCUCUCAGUCAUUUGCAAAAAGUGGUCAUAGGACAUGAUGGAGAAGGCUAUGGGGCUGGGAUGUACCUCAAGAUGGUAACAGUCAAGGAAUCACAAGACUCAGAUAAAGAAUGGGUCUUCCCAUGUUGGAACUGGCUUGAUACUCAUCUGGGGUUAUGUGAGACUGUUUGUGAGAUUGUGACAGUUGGUAGAAGAUUGAUUUCUAGUCCUAAACUGCCUGAAAUCAACAUGAAGUCAUCAGGUCUCUGGAUAAUGGACAUCACGGGAUCUGAAUUGAGCAGUGAAGAGGAUCCAAUACGCCUUUCUUUUGUCUUCUAUGGCAACCUGAGUCACAAAAAGUUGCCACUUCAAGUUACAGGAAAAGCAAUUCAGAUCAAGGAUGAACUGGCAGAUAUUGGCUCAAUAUACAAAGUACAGGUAACUGGCCCACAUAGCAAGCUAAAACAGUCAUGGCACCUAGAUUUACUGCAUAUGAAGCACACAGGCACAGAGGAAGAGAUGUAUUUAGCUUUUAACUGCUGGUUCAACCCUAAUGAAGACAAAUGUGUGGAACUGCCAGCUCUCUAUGCAGAUCAGGAGCCUUUACCUGUUGUGGAGUAUGCAAUCCAUUUGCACACAGGAGACUUGAAGAAAGCAGAUGCCACUGGUGAGGCCUAUCUUUGUAUACAAGGAGAAAAGAGUGAGUCGGGGAAACGAUGGCUUAACUCAAGAAACAGCCUGACCACUUUUGCUAGAGGACAGGUGGAUGUUUUCAAAAUCAAAGCAGUAUACCUUGGCAAGUUGAACCAAGUUCUUGUUGGAUUUAAAAGUCCAAAAAAAGAUGAGUGGUUCUUGGAAAAAAUUGUUAUAAAAGAAGUCCUCUACCCUUUUUCUGCACAUGUUUUCGUUCACAAUGACUGGAUCAAUAAACACUCCAAGAAAGAUUUUGUAGAAGUGGCAAUUCCACUCAAAGAAACAUCUGUGACAUCUUUUCUCACAAAAAAUGUUGAUAUUAAAAGCAGAGGACUAUGGCAAAUGUGGGUGCACUGCAUGCAAGUACCAGAAGAUGUUCCUGAUAUUCAAGUUGUUGUAUUUGGAAGUAAAGGGAAAUCUCCUGCACAGAAAGUUCAGAAUUUGAAUGAUAAUCCAUUUUUGUUGACUGUUGGUGAUAUUGGAGAUAUAACGAAAGUUUCCUUUGUGUUAUCUGGUCCAUGCUUGGGAAGAGGAAUUAAACUUCACAAGCUUCGGCUGAAAGACCUGGACACUAAACAAGAAUUGGGUUUUCACACUGAAGCCCAGUAUCUGUUUGGAGAAGAUGGAUCUGAUACUGUGACAGAGCUAGCAGCAGUCAGGCCAGACAAGCCACCUCUCAGGGGAGUUCUUUACUUGAUCAGUGUGCAUACGGGAACAUUGCCUGCAUCAGGGACUGAUGCAGAUGUAUUUAUCACAGUAUUUGGAGAGCAAGGAGAUUCCUGCAAAAGGCGACUAAGUCACUCAAAUUUUGAAAGAGGACAGGUUUGUAUUUCUGAAAUGAAAGCAGUAGACCUUGGACAGUUAAUCAAAGUGCUUGUUGAGCACCAGAAUGUGGGUUAUGGAGCUGGAUGGUACCUGGACCAAAUUGUCAUCCAUGAAUCAGACAAGACUGAUGGCCAAUAUGCAUUUCUUUGCCAGCAAUGGCUAGACAGUGGAGUUGGUGAUGGACAGACGGAACGAAUGUUGAAACUUCUUGGAAAAGUCAGGAAUGGGAUGUUGACAGGAAAGAUUUAUGGGACUUGGGAUGUCCUUGUCACAACUAGUGAUAUUUCUUCUAGUUACAUGAAUCCUAAAAUGUUUCUAACUGUUUGUGAUGAAAAAGGUACCUGUACUUCAGUCACACUGCCCAAAGGAUCCCUUAAAAAAAAGCAGAUCUAUGAGACUUCAAUUGAACUAAGUAAGAAAUUCAAUACUAUAUUCAAAGUCCGCCUAGAAAUUGAAGAAGAUGGAGAAGGAGAAACUUGGCAUUGCCAUGAGGUAAAGCUUCAACACAGAGAAAGUAAAAAUGUUCUAGAAUUUCCAUUUCAUCACAACUUUGCAGAUGAAGAAGGAGGAAGAGUGGCUGAGCUUCCAGUUCUCACAGCUGGCUCUCCUUUUCCAGCAGUGAAAAGCUAUGUUCUGUAUGUCACCACUGGAGCAUCCCCUGGGUCAGGAACAGAUGCAGAUGUUUACGUCAUGCUGCAAGGUCUUUUAGGAGAUACUGGUAGAAGAAAGCUAAUCAGAAAAGGAGAUGAUGAUUUCACUAAAGGAAAG